AUGUUUUUGUCAAGUUCAGAAUAUACUUCAAAUGAUUUACUGAAUUCAAAUCGUAAAUCAUCCACUUUAUCAUCGUCAACUUCACCAACGACAAUGCCAACAUCUUCAUCAUCAUCAUCAUCGUCUAUACGUUUUCGUGGUAAUAAAUUUGGACGUCUUAAAACAAAAUGUUUAAACCUCAAUAGAUAUCAACAAAAUUAUUCAUUAUCUAAUAAUCGUUUACAUUUAUGUAAUAAACCAAAUCAUUUCAAUUCAAUAAUGACAACAUCUGCAUUGAAAGCUAUUCGUAGAUCAACAAUUAAUCUUCCUAAUACUCAUUGGCCAAAUUUGUCUUUAGGAUCACAAAUUACAACAACAACACCACCAUCAUCAUCAUCAUCAUCGCCAGCAUUUACAUCAAUAAUAGAUCAAAAAUUAAAGUCGAAUUUCUUAACUGAUCUACAAUUUCCUGAAACCAAUAUAAACAAUACUAAUGGAUUAUUGUCUUCUUCUGCAUCAAACUUACGUGGUAAUCAUCAUCAUCAACAUAAUAAUAAUAAUAAUCCUAACAAUACGAAUAAUAAUUUAAUUGAUCGUCCAGUAGUUGUAUUAAAUCCUGAUGAACCACGUGAAAUAUUUAUUGGUGGUGUACAAUCUGUUACAUUACCAUUAUGGGCAUAUUGUAAAUGUUUAACAAUGGUACGUGGUGAACCACAUGAAUUAGGACCACGUUUAUGUUUACGUCUAUUACAAAGUUUAUUUAGUUUACAUUAUUUAGUUACACAUAAUUAUAAUGGUUCCGGUGGUAAAGCACCUAUUGAUCCAAUUGUAAUGAGUGCUGUAUUACGUCAAGCACAAUUACAAUUUGGUUCAGGUUAUUUUUUUACUGAACCAAUGGCUUUAGGUAAAUUAAGAGAUUAUUUAAAUAAUGCUUUUCGUGUAAUGGCAUUUAGACAACGUAAAGGUGAACGUGUAAGAUCACCAUUUUGGAAUGAAAAAGGUGAACCAAUACAUGAUUUAGAAGCACCGGUGGAAUUUUCAAAUAUUACUGAUAUUAUUGUUAUACCACAUUCAAUUAAUACUACUACUACUACUAAUACUACACCCAAUACUAACACUACUACUGUUAUUACAGCUACACCAACCUUAUCAACAACUACAACAAUGUCAAAUGAAUCUGAUAGGAAUAUGAAUUCAAGAUGA